CUCAUGACAGGCGGGGAGGGGGAAGGAAGAAGUGGAAGCCGCGGAUCCAUCUUCAAGAGAAAAUAGGAAAGAGACCGCGUUUCCACCACUUUUAUUUGGUUUUUUUUAAGCGGCAUCUUUCCUUGUAAAUACGUGUCCGGGAGCCCGAGGUGGGGGGCUGUGUUAUUGUCUGUAGGAUGUCCCGACAUGAAGGUGUGAGCUGUGACGCGUGUUUAAAAGGGAACUUCAGGGGGCGCCGAUACAAGUGUUUAAUUUGCUACGACUACGACCUGUGUGCGUCGUGUUACGAAAGUGGAGCCACCACAACCCGACACACCACGGAACACCCCAUGCAGUGCAUACUAACCAGGGUAGACUUUGAUCUGUAUUACGGUGGAGAGGCGUUUUCAGUAGAGCAGCCCCAGUCGUUUACUUGUCCCUACUGCGGCAAAAUGGGUUACACAGAAACGUCUCUACAGGAACACGUCACCUCGGAGCAUGCAGAGACUACCACAGAGGUGAUCUGCCCCAUAUGUGCAGCUUUGCCCGGAGGUGACCCCAAUCAUGUGACGGACGACUUCGCUGCUCAUCUCACACUUGAACACAGAGCACCAAGAGAUUUAGAUGAGAGCAGCGGGGUGCGGCACGUGCGCCGGAUGUUUCACCCUGGGCGUGGCUUGGGCGGCCCUCGGGCAAGGAGGACUAACAUGCACUUUACCAGCAGCUCCACUGGGGGGCUCUCAUCCUCACAAAGCUCCUCUUACUCCCCGAGCAAUCGGGAAGCCAUGGACCCUAUAGCAGAGCUGCUGUCUCAGCUGUCAGGAGUUCGGCGCUCGGCAGGCGGUCAGCUGAACCCUUCAGGCCCGUCGGCCUCGCAGCUACAGCAGUUGCAGAUGCAGUUGCAGCUGGAACGGCAGCAGGCGCAAGCGGCACGUCAGCAACUGGAAACGGCACGCAAUGCAACACGCCAGCGCAGCAACGCAAGCAACAUCAGCGCCAGCGUGCCACCACCCAGCACCGCAACAAACACAGCCAUAACCGAGAGCAACUCGAUGGCUUCCCACAGCUCCCAGUUCCUCCUCACACGGUUGAACGAGCCGAAGAUGUCCGAGGCGGAGCGUCAGGCUCUGGAGAGCGAGCGUGCCGAUCGGAGCCUGUUCGUGCAGGAGCUGCUGCUGUCCACGCUAAUGCGCGAGGAGAGCUCCUCCUCUGACGAGGACGAGCGGCGAGACUUCGCCGACUUCGGGGCCAUGGGCUGUGUGGAGAUCAUGCCUUUGGACGUGGCACUGGAGAGCCUGAACCUGAAGGAGAGCUCUGCAGGCAAAGAGCCUCCACCUCCUCCUCUUUGAUGAUAUCCCACCACCACGCAGACAAUGUCCUCUGUGCUGUAACUGCCAAUGACGGUGGGCAAACACACAGCUCUCACUUUUUUUGGUUUUCUGUUUGGUUUUUUCCUUUUUUUUUUUUCUUUUUUUUUGUGAUUUUUCAGGUCUGUCACCUGUUACAUUGUAAAAAUCCAUAAAGAGCAAGAAUGAGAACGAGAGCGAAUGUGAGAGAGAAAAAAAAAAGAACAAGUGUGUGAGAAGUUAGCAAGCGUGCAAGAGACAAUGAAAGUGUAUGAUGUAUGUGUGUUGAUAAUCAGUUCCACAUGACUAAUUUUUUUUCCUUUAGCAGGUGAGCGUAGGUAGCUGUGGCAGACCUUCAGCUUCCUGUGUCUAACAAAAAAGAAAAAAAAAAACAAAAGGCUCUCCUUAUAAAUACUCCACAUUCUAAAACUGAAGACAGAGUCCUUCUCUAAUGAAGCUGCUGUGUGUAUUUAUGAAUAGUAAUUAAUAAAAAGUGCUUGGAUGGUUUACCAUAA